AUGGAAUUUGGCGAGGGCACCGCAAUGGCUGCCGAUCACCACGACAGUCAGGCAGCAUUCCCACUGGCAGAGGAAUAUGUCGUGGAGCCGACGACCACGGAGGAGAUGCACGAGCUACUUGACAUGAUUGUUAGCGCCUGUGACCAUCUGCAGGGUUUGAUACGCGAUCGCCUUCCUGUCACGCAGAGGGAGGUGUCGAAGCUUCGGAAGGCCUACUGGCUUGCAACGGGCGAGACGGAGAGGCUGCGCAGCCGCAGUGGGUCGAGAAGCUCCAUAUUUGGCAACGCUGACUGUGGCGGUGCAGGCAUUCAGCCCCUGCACCCCGGCGUGGAGGGCCGCAGGCGGCAGGACGGGAAGAUCCUCGCGUGUGACUGCGCGCUGCGACAGCUCGAGGAGUACGUGGGUCCGAGGCCCGAGGCGCAUACGUUUGACCACGACGAUGAUGCGGGGAAUGAGGGCGAGAGGAGCAGAAUGCGGCGCUUUUUUUGCGUUCCGGUCGAGCGCCGCCUCCAAACGCUUUUGGUGUCGGCGUUUCUGUUCUUUACACUUAUUCCUGUUUCCCUUGCGCUCACGGUGGCGCUGCUGCUGAAUUGGUGGACCAUGCCGUUCAUGGUGGCGUACCUCGUGCACAUCUUCACCUUUGGACAGCCCAGGCAUCCGUUGAGGAAGAAUACCGCCUUUACACGACUAAAGAUAUGGCGCCACUACGGCGCCUACUUUCCCGUGCGCCUUGUGAUU